AUGCUGCCGUCCUUCGCGCACGCGACGAACCAGUAUGAGCUCGUCAAGCUCGAGGACGAGCCGUAUCAGUCCCAGCCCGCAAACUGCCACAACGGAUAUGCGUCGACGCUGCACCAGUAUGCAGGGAGCCAGACCUCCAUGGGCGACUGGCACGGCUACUCCGCCGCGCGAUAG